AUGCUAACCCGGCCCGAAGACCUUUCCAACCCCCCCAAAACCGGCUUUUUCAGCCACAUCUUCCAAGACCGUUCGGAAAUCCGCGUCAAGAACCAGCUCGAUGAAUCAGAGCCCUUCCAAAAACUGUGCGAAGCCUGCCGCCGCGGCGACCUGAAAACCGUGCAAGACUUGAUCGUGUCCCCGGGGGGCGUGAACUUGAACGCUGUUGAUCGGUUUGAUAAUCUUCCUCUGACCUUGGCUAGUCUGUGCGGACACUACGAAGUGGUGGAGUUGCUGCUCGAGAGCGGUGCCGUGUGCGAGCGGGAUACGUUCCAGGGCGAGAGGAUUUUGUAUAAUGCCCUGAAUAGCCGGAUUAGGAAUUUGUUGUUGCAGUAUGAUUAUUCGCAAAGUAUCGAUCCGGCGCAGCCGUGGGCUGCGCAUAUCACUACCUUACUGUCGCGAGAGCCGUUGGAUACCACCGACAUAGUCGUAACUGCGACUACCACCACUGGCUUGGAAACGGCCUUUCAUCUACACAGGUUUAUGCUCUCAGCUCACUCACCCUACUUCCGGCGGAAACUCUCCCUCCCCCUUCCCACCUCCACUAAUGAGCAAAAUCCCAAAAAGACCAUUCGGCUCUCGCAAAACUUCUCCUCCCGCGCGUUCGAGGCCGCGGUGAAAUACAUCUACCUCGGCGAGGUCUCUGCGGCCCCUAGUUCGGACAAGGAGUUGAUGGCGAAUAUAGAAAGGCUGAGUAAACACUUGGAGAUCCCAGAGUUGUGGAGGCUAUUGCUGGCGAAUACACCGAAGUUGCGACGGCAGCUGCGCAGCGAGGGGCUGAAGAGGGCACAGGAGAGGAUGGAAGAAUGGAUGCGGGAGAAUGUGCUGAAGAAGAGGGUCGUGGUAAGGAAGUCACAAGUCGGGCAAAUCAAAGUAUUCCCAGGAAACGACAGCUUCGCAGACGUGCUCAUCCGCUCUGACGAGCCGGACUGGCGCGACGCAGAUGCGGACAGAGAAGCGGAGGAAGAAGAGGAAGAGGAAGACUACCUUGUACACAUCUACCCAACCCACAAAUCCCUCCUCCGCUCCGAGUUCUUCACAGCAAUGUUCACAUCCCCCUUCCUCGAGGGCCUUCCCACAGCCCCCACCUCGCCCCUUCCUAUAAUCCCCCUCCCCCUUCCCGCCUCCACUCUCCCGUACCUCCUCCUACACCUCUACUUUGAAACCCCGACCCCGCCCCCGCUCCAGCACUCGCUCUCCCUCCUCUACACCUCGGACCACCUCUUCCUCGAUCGUCUAAAGUCCAAAUGCGCACAAGUCAUUGCCACCGCACCCAACGACCUCCCCUUCCACAUCCACGACGUCAUCCGCGCCGCAUGGGCCACGCGCGCCCCGCGCCUCGAGGCCUUCGGCGCAAAGUACAUCGCCGAGCGGCUCGAGGACUUCCUCCCCGAUCCGGAGUUUGCCGAGUUGGUCGCUGAGAGUGCGGGGAGGAUCAAGGGUCGGCAGGAGACGGAUACCAUCGAACUCGUAGACGACAUUAGGUACUACCUCAACGAGAGGUUCAGGAUGAGGGUGGAGGAUAACCUGGGGUUUUGCGGGAAUGGGGAGGAGGUGGAGGUGGAGGUGGGCGAGGUGGAUCGUAGUUUGGAGACGGAGAAGGGUCAUGUUUAUGAGGAAUUGUUGGGGAGGAUCGAUGCCCUUCUGGAGGGGUUGAAGUUGGAUGCUUAG